AACAAAACUAUUGUCAUAAAAACAAAGUAAAAAAUACGGAACUAGGCAUUCGGUUGAGAUGCAUAUACACUGACUUCGUUUUUUGUUUAGCCAGUGUUAUGACGGGCUUGAGAGCCAUCGCAAUUAACUAAUGUGAUGCAGUUCAAUACUAUGAAUUUCAUUGAAGUCAGUGAGAAUGUUCGUAGACGUAGGGCCACUGUGAACUUGUCACGUUCCCUUCGCUGUCAUAGAUCCACUUAUAACAAGGUGGAAUAAUAUGCGAGCCGCUUUCAUGAAAAAAUAUGACGUUCUUUCGUUCAGUGGGUUUGCUAAUGAAAGCACCUUAAAAGAAGUAAAUAGAGAAACCACUCGUAAUGACAGUACUUCAACUGUAACACCAUCCACUAGCAACAUCAAUCAAAGGCUUUUAGAUAAUAGGGAUGCAAGGCGAGACUCUAACUCAGGGACGACCUUUGGACGAAUCUCAAAUGACCUUGACAAUUAUUAGCCAAUCAGAAGACAGUAUAGAGUGAAAAUAUAUAAGGAAAUAAUGAAUUACAGUGGAUAUUCUUCUUUUACAUGAUUUGAAAACUUGUUAAGGUUGAUAAAGGUUCAGAGGUUCUGAAUUCAUAAUUCAUACGGUAUAGAAACUCGUCCAUAGGGUUAGGGCUGUAGCCUCUCAGUAAACACCUCUUCUCUAAAAUCCGAUGUAAACCGAUCGCAUGUUAGCACUCUAACCCUAACCUAGCCCUAACCACAACCCUAAUCCUAACCUUAACCCUAAACCCUAACCUUAUUUACGGGUUUCUAUACCGUACGCAUUAUGAAUUCAGAACUUCUGAGCCUUUAUCAAACCUUAACAAGCUUUUUAAUCAUGUAAAAGAAGAAUAUCCACUGUAAUUCAUUGCUUUCUUGUAAUAUAUUUUUACUUAAUACUGUCUUCUGAUUGACCAAUAAUUGAAAUUGCUCAAACGUUUUUCAUUGACUCGUCCCUAAAUUAGUCUCGCCGUCCCAUCUCUUGUAACCUCUCAUUAAUCACGACUCAGACUAAUACAAAUAAUGAUAAUUGUUGCUAAUUGGAUCAUAAAGUCUCUAGUAACAUUAGCUGUGGCUUUGCAGAUUUUACGGAAGUUUCAGCUGUUCAGUGGUACGAAUAUUGCCGUGAUAUAUGUGCAAUCAAAAUGACACGCUUACAUGAAUCAUUUAAGGGAGUCGGAAGAAUAGUGGAAAUAGAUGAGAUCGAGCAAAGAAAGUGCCAGUUCGAGCAGGUUUUUUCCUUCAACACAGGACAACGAAAUACAAUUCCAUCACGGUAGUCUGCGCAUCGUGCUGCAAUCAUUUGAUCGCCCCAGUCACAGAUGCAGGAACUUCUUAAUAGUCCCAUCUGUUGAAGUCGCUCAACAAUCACCUCUUCUCCGAAGUCUACUGCGAAACCAUCGUAUCCAACUAACAAGAAGUACGUCAUUGUUGACGUCCUCAGCAAAAACAACUGAUGAUAGCAUCCAAGGAGUGGAUAGUAGGCAAUGACCUUUGCCUUCUUUCGAACGAGCUGGUCGAUAUACACCUGCAGAAGUGCGACCAACCGAAUGAAAAUUGGUCACUUAUGAAAUGUAAAGUUAUUAUGUUCACGAAUUAGAUUCUCUGCAGUCUGCCAAAGAUCUGUUAGUUGCCCUACAGAUACUGGAAUCUCAACGUAAAAACACCUCAACGGAUGAAAACACUUUGCCACAGAACACUGAGAAGCCAAAGAGAGGUGUAAUAAAGCGUAAAGAAGAUUUUCUUUACAAUUCAGUCGACAUGGAUGUGGCUGAGAUGCGGGCUGGGAAUAGCCGCGUACAAUAUCCCAAAUUCCGUGUUUUCGACAAAUUCAUAUCGCCAAUCGCCAAGUUACAGUUCAUACUGAAUUCUACUCAAAUAAUCAUUCGUCUCUGACUCCAGUUAUUAGUUUGAGCCAACAUUCUUUCGAAUUCUAUGUCCCAAGAUAUCUUAAAAAUUGCUGUCCAUUCUCAACGUGUUCGUUUCCUGUACAAAUUUAUACUUACUUUGCAUCGUUCGCUGCCUCCUCAUUUACGGGAAAUUGGUGACAAAUAUGUAAAGACAGAAUUCAAGAAGCAUAAGGAUGUCAAACCCGAAUUUGUUCAACCAUUCAUGGUUGAAUGGACAAAAUAUGCAGUUGAAUUAUCAAUGCAAAUUCAACAAUCAAUACGAAAUUCGAAUAAUAAAAUUGGCGCAAAGCAUGAAAUUAAAAUGAACAAGGAAGAAGCGCUUGGUAAACCAUUGGAUGAAGCUUUAUUGAGUUAUUUUUCUGAAACACAACUUAAUCAGCUAUUAGCUUUAGCUAAAGAAAUUCAUGAUGAAAGUCAUAAACCAUUAGAAAAGUAGUCGAAAAAUGAUCAACUAAUACAAAUGAACUUUACUACAAUGUGUUGCGAACUAUAUCAAUAAAAUGUAGCGAUUAUAUUUGUUUUUAGAUUUUCUGAACUUUUUGAAUUAGUUGAUGUGAACAAGCUACAGUCAUUUUAAAAUAAACCUUUCGUAUGUCAGUCAGUCAGCUACAACGUAGGACCAGGCACAUAUAUGCAUCGGUCCAAGUUGCCAUACCUCAUUAACACAACAAGAUGAACACGGGAUUCAUAAAAGUAGUUCAUUCAGAGGUGGUAAUAUAUAAAAGAAAGAUUGCAAUAAGGAUAUAGUACAGGAAGAAAUAAUUAGUUCGUAGAAAGAAAGAUAUGAAGCAAUUUUAAUCUCUUAGUUUAAGGGAAGACAGAGAGUGUAUACACCGACGCCAUUGUGAUCGAUUCUGAGCCAUAUCACCCUGAGUCUCCAACCAUUGGUUACGAUAGUCACGCGUUCCCCAAC